AUGUCUACCACUUUGGACUCCCCCAUACCCCUCUCUGACAUAGAGUCGAUAUUGGCUUGGGUCGACACUUUUAAGUUGUCUAGACCAACCAGGAAGAUCAACAGGGAUUUUUCUGAUGCGGUUCUUCUGGCCGAAAUAUUGAGCGUGCACUACCCGAAACUAGUGGAGAUGCACAAUUACCCUCCCAGGAACAGCCACGCACUCAAGCUCAACAACUGGAUGACCCUUAACAGAAAGGUGCUGAAGAAGCUGAGGCUUAACUUGUGUUGCAGCACAAUGGAGCAGUUGGCUAACAGCGCUCUGGGCGUUAUUGAGCGCGUGCUAUUGAUGGUUCGUGACAGGAUCCGUCGUGACGAGGAGCUCAACAAGAGCAUAAAGGAUUCCGAGCAGAAUGUCUCCAGUGGCGGCAGUUACUACGAAGCCUGUGGUGAUGAUGAUAAUGUUUUGGUAGUACCAAUUAAGACCCGAGUCAAUGGUGUCUUAGAGACAGUGCAGCAAAAAGUGGUGAGCUACGAAUAUUACCAGACGCUGAAAGAGGAACUCAAGGACGUUAAGGAGUCUACGGAACUACUUAAACAAAAAGUGGAACAUUUAGAUGACUUGCUCAAACUCAAAGAAGAAAGGAUAGAGGAGCUUCAAAAGCAGCUCGAAAGAAAACAAACUAGACGUAAAGAAGCAGAAGCAUACCAAAACAGUCUUGCUGUACCUUUUGAAACAAUACAAUCGCCUGUCGUUACUGAUGUGCUGCCGCUCAGUAGAAAAUCUUCAGUAAAAACUAUCGAAUCGAACUCGAAACUACCUAGAGAAGAAUCAAAAAUUCCUAUACCCAGAGAAGAAUCUAAAAUUCCUAUACCCAGGGAAGAAUCUAAAAUUUCUAUACUUAAGGAAGAAUCUAAAAUUCCUGUACUUAAAACUGAAUCUUCCAAUCUUAAGACAUUAUCGAAGCCCAGUAUAACGGAAGUUUUAUCUUCAGAUAUGCUUAACAAUCAAGUUACUCCUAUAGACGUUGUGAAAUCAGACGUUUUCCAGGAUAUUAAAAACUAUGAAGAUAAACCACUUGAUGAGGAUAAACAAAAUGUUGAACCGAAAGGUGUGGAAUCUCAAGAGGGCCAACAAAUUAAUAAUGUGGAAAAUGAAGAAAGGAGCCCCCCUGAUUCUUUAGAGGUUGAAGAAUUCAAGGAUAGUUCUGACAAUAUAACGACUAUAGAAGCAUCAAUAAAGAAUGAAAUCAAAGACAUAAUUGCUCCUAGUUAUAAUUCUACAGAUCUUAAUUAUGUAAUGUAG